AUAUAGUGGGCAACACAAAGGAUUUGCCCACAUAAACAUCACCCUACAAUAUCAUAAACCAACAACACAAAACAAAAACAUAACCUUUCAUUUUUCGUAACCCUAACUUCUCAACCAAAAAAAAAACCAAUAGUGUCUGUCUCAUCAUCUUCAUCAACAUCGAAUAUCAUCAAUAAUACACGCAGCCUUUUUCUUCUCGUCGAUGCUCCGUCUUGGUGAUAACAAAGCUCAAACGGGGAGGGUUCCUUUGUUAACUUCUCUCUCUUUUCUUCUUCUUCAAACCCUUUUCCCCUUUCAUGUCUUCAAUUACCGUUUUUUCUCUUUCAGGGUCUCCAAAAACCCUACCUUUUGAUUUACCUCCUUUCUCUAUACCCAAACCUUCUUCUCUUUUUCAUACUUCUCAACAAUUCAUAUUUAAUUUUACUUUUUUCCCUCUUCCACUCAGAUCUCUUCAGCAACAUGAGUAAUUCUAAGGUUCUACUAUUUGGCUCAUUUACUGAAGAUGAAACUAGAUCAUUGAGGGUAAAGAAGUCUUCUGGAAGAAAUGAAAAGUCUGUCGAUAAGAAUCAGUUGCAAUUUGGUUCUCUGAAUUCUGCUAAUGUUGUUGAAUCAAGCAACCUGCCAAAGUCACCAAAAGCACCAAGUAAUGCUGCUCUCCCCGAUUCUCAGAAACUUAACGGAGUAAACAGUGUUGGUGCUAAUUUGCCUAGAGUAUCAGAAAGUGCUAAUUUGCCUCGAGUAUCAGAAAGUGCUAAUUUGCCUCGAGUAUCAGAUAGUGCUAACCUGCCUCGAGUAUCAGAAACUAUAAAAGAGAAUGGCAACAUUACUAAUUUCUCUCUCAGUACUCCCUCAAGUGUCACUAUUGCAAGUAAAGUUAAAGAAAAUAGUGUGUGUUCGAUUCCAUUAAUUGAUGAAAACGGUACUGCAAACCAGUUUACAAAUUUGAGCCUUGAUGCUUCUGAGGCUGAAAGUGUGAAGAACGGCUUCACAAAUGGAAGUCAUGACGAUUCUUCAUCGAAGUUAUUUGAUGAAGACUUGAAGAAGGCACCUAAUGGGCAUGCUGUUAUUCUUAUUAAGGAUCUGCAGCCUCGAGGCCUUAUUAACUCUGGGAAUUUAUGCUUUCUUAGUGCAACCGUGCAGGCUCUCUUGGCUUGUUCUCCUUUUGUUCAGCUUUUGCAGGAAUUACGAACCCGCAACGUUCCUAAGGUUGGCUAUCCCACGCUGAAAGCAUUUGCCGAGUUCGUAACUCAAUUUGACAUGCCAAGCGGAAUAAAAUUAAAGAAGAAAGAUACCGAUUCUUUUGAGUUUGGACGGGCAUUUUGCCCUGUUAUGUUUGAAGAUGUUCUAAAAAAUUUUACUCCGGAUGUGUCAAAUAGCAUUUCAGGAAGACCAAGGCAAGAAGAUGCUCAGGAAUUUCUGAGCUUUGUAAUGGAUCAAAUGCAUGACGAAUUACUGAAGCUUGAAGGACAGUCCUCAAGUCUUAAUGGUAGCAAAUCUUUUCUAGUUUCUUCUGUGGAAGAAGAUGGAUGGGAAACAGUGGGGCCAAAGAAUAAAUCUGCUGUUACAAGGACUCAAAGCUUUAUUCCCUCAGAAUUAAAUGGUAUUUUCGGUGGACAACUCCAAAGUUUGGUGAGAGCUAAAGGAAAUAGUUCUGCUACUAAUCAACCAUAUCGCUUGCUCCAUCUUGACAUUCACCCUGAUGCUGUUCACACUAUUGAGGAUGCUCUGCACUUGUUUUCUGCACCAGAAACUCUUGAAGGGUACCGAGCAUCGGUCACUGGAAAGGCGGGGACUGCAAAAAAGUCUAUAAAGAUACUGACACUUCCUAAAGUAAUGAUAUUGCACCUGAUGCGUUUUGGUUAUGGAAGCCAGGGAAGCACCAAGUUGCUUAAGCCCGUGUACUUUCCUCUUGAGCUGGUAUUGGGUCGUGACCUGCUUGUUUCACCAUCUACCGAGGGUCGAAAAUAUGAACUUGUUGCUACAAUUACUCAUCAUGGAAGGGAGCCUUCAAAAGGGCACUACACAGCUGAUGCUCAGUACCCCAAUGGUCAGUGGCUACGAUUCGAUGAUGCAUCUGUCUUUGCUAUCGGAGCAAAUAAGGUGCUGCAUGAUCAGGCCUAUGUUCUUUUCUACAAACAGAUAUAAGCAUAAACAUAUUUACCCUGUUGAUAUCUACUCUCUUCUGCACUUUGAGAAAAACUACCUUGAAUUCUUGAAAGAUGGGGUUCAAAGUUGAUUAAUGUUGUGCAUGGAGAAGAUGUGAGUGAUUAUUUAUGAGAUGGUCAUACUCAAUUCCCAUUGCUUGGGACUCAAAUUAUUAAGGUGGUCAUAUAUGUUUGUUCCAAUCUAGGUUGUGAAAAGAGUAAUUGUUGUAACAUUCAUAUUCUAAAGUUUUGUAUUCCUAGUUUAGGACGUGAACAUGUGAUCAUGUUACAGUUAAAAAUGCGUACAAGAAAUGCUGCUUAUUGUAAAGUUUCACUAGAUCACCAGAAAAUUGGGAUUUAAAGCUAUGAUUAUAUAAAGCUUCACGUUUGACA